AUGUAUGUGAAAUAGUUUGAUACAGUAAUGUUUUACUAUGUGAUUUUAGUGUAUUUAGUGAAUGUCACUUUUUUCACAUUUUUAAAUUUCCCACCGUUCCGUCCAUGUACGUCGCAGGGAACGGAACCCAGAAGACAGAUGCCAGCAUCGGCCGGAGAACAUUGCCGGGGACACUGCAGGAGGGACAUCGUGGGAGCCCAGGACAAGGUAAGUGAAGAACAGAUCCUGGAGCAGCGCUGCAGGGUAUUCCCGAGUGUAGCUCGGGGCUACCACUUGUGCUACACUCGGGAAUACCGCCAGGGAGGU